AUGUGUGAAGAAGUGAUGAAAGGCCUUGCAGCAAGAGGUCACCAAGUCGAUGUGUACAGUCAUUUUCCAUUAUCAAAACCUGUAUCCAAUUACACGGAUUUUAGUCUGAAAGGGACUGUCCAAGAACUGGUUAAUAACUUCACUUAUGAUGAUGUCGUGAGUUCCAAAGCCUCUACGAGUUUUAUUGUCAAUGUUGCUAUGGAUUGGAUGAAAUCAAUGUGCAGACUUUUGGAUCAUCCAUACUUUCAAAAACUUAUAAAAAAUUCACCACGUGAUCCACCAUACGAUCUUGUCAUCUUAGAGUUUGUCAUUCCUUCUUGUUUUAUUCCUUUUGGCCGUCAUUUGAAUGUGCCAAUAAUAGGCAUCGUCACUACAUCAACAUUUGAUCUCAUUUAUUAUCCACAAGGAAAUCCGUUUAAUUUAGCAAUAGAUUCCAGUCUCUUCUCACCUUAUAGUACUCCCAUGAGUUUCAGAGAACGACUCGAAAACUAUAUUGCACAUCAUGUAUCCAUAAUAAUUUACAGAUUCUCAGGAGAGAAGCUACAGAACGAAUGCAUAAAAAAAGUUUUUGGGCCAGACUACCCCGGCAGCCCUGAGAUACUUAAAGAUUUUUCGUUCAUUCUAGUAAACCAAAACAAAGCAAUAAACGGUAUAAGACCACUAACUCCUACUAUUGUACCAGUUGGUGGCUUGCAUAUUGUGGAUUCCAACGAAACUCUGUCACAGGACGUACAAAAGUGGUUGGACGAAAGUGAGCAUGGAUGUGUAUAUUUUUCUUUUGGAUCGAUGGUACUGCUAGAAACUUUUCCUUUACCCUUGAUUCAAGAACUCUACAGAGCCUUCAAAAAUAUUGCACCAACUCGUAUUCUACUAAAAGUUGUGAAUUCCAAAUUGCUACCAGAUGGUAUCCCUUCAAACGUCAUGAUUAAACCAUGGCUGCAGCAAAUAAAAGUUUUAAAACAUAAAAACGUGAAACUUUUCGUGACUCACGGUGGUUUAAUGAGUACACAAGAAGCAAUCUAUUAUGAAGUACCAAUGAUUGGCAUUCCACUAUUUGCUGAUCAAUAUAUGAAUAUUGACGGAUAUGUCAAACUAAACAUUGCUGUUGGAAUAAACAAACAUGAAAUAAGUGAGCAAUCACUGACGGAAGCUUUCAAGGAAGUUUUAGGCAACCCAAUAUACAAGGAAUCCAUGAAGAAUGUCAGUCGAAAAUUCCGGGAUAAUUUAGUAAAUCCAAUCGAUACUGCUGUCUACUGGGUGGAGUACAUACACAGACAUGGCAAAGAUGCACUGCGGUCUCCACUGGUCGAUAUGCCUUGGUGGCAAAUUUAUCUGUUAGACGUUUAUGGAGUCAUCGUUGCUGCGAUCGCUGUUGUAAUAUAUUUACUAAUCAAGUUGUGUUUACUCUUAAGAGUCAUGUGGCGGAAAGUGUACCGCCAAAUGAGUUUAAAACUAUUUUCCGUGCCAAUAUGCUUUGUUCCUUUUGGGCGUUACUUAAAUGUUCCAAUAAUAGGUAUAAUCACUUUACCAACUUAUGACUUUGUUCAUGAUCCACUAGCAAAUCCGCUAAAUUUGGCAACAGAUCCAAGCCUUUUCUCACAGUACAGUAGUCCUAUGAUUUUCACGGAACGGCUUCAUAACUUCAUCACAUACUAUGUAGUUAAAAUAGUAUAUAAAUUCUCGGGUGACAAGCUACACAGUGAAUGUAUAAGAAAAGUUUUUGGAGCAGACUACCCUGGUAGCCCUGAGAUACUGAAGGAUUUUUCGUUGAUUCUAAUGAACCAAAACAAAGCAAUAAACGGAAUCAGGCCAUUAACUCCUGCCAUUGUACCAGUUGGGGGCUUGCAUAUUGUGGAUUCCAACGAAACUCUGUCACAGGACGUACAGAAGUGGUUGGACGAAAGUGAGCAUGGAUGUGUUUAUUUCUCUUUUGGAUCCAUAGUUAAACUAGAAACUUUCCCUGAACCUAUAAUUCAAGAACUUUACAAAGCUUUUGAAAAUAUUUCUCCGAUUCGCAUACUUUUGAAAGUCGUAGAUCAUUUGGAUCAGGAAUCCAUGAAGAAUGUCAGUCGAAAAUUCCGGGAUAAUUUAGUAAAUCCAAUCGAUACUGCUGUCUACUGGGUGGAGUACAUACACAGACAUGGCAAAGAUGCACUGCGGUCUCCACUGGUCGAUAUGCCUUGGUGGCAAAUUUAUCUGUUAGACGUUUAUGGAGUCAUCGUUGCUGCGAUCGCUGUUGUAAUAUAUUUACUAAUCAAGUUGUGGUUACUUUUAAGAGUCAUUUGGCGGAACUUGUACCACCAGAUGAGUUUAAAACAAGUGAAAAAGGAGUAA